AUGAUUAUUGUUGUAACGUUAUUCCUAGACUUAUUGAUCGUUAACAUAUUAAAUUACGAAUAUCCCGGGAUAUAUGCUUAUCCGUUGAAUCAUCCUGAAAAUGAUUGGAUAUCGGUUCAUCGUCAUUUGAAUGCACCAGAUAUUAUUCAUUUUACUAAAUGCUCAUCACCAAUAACAAUAUGCUCAACAAUUCCCGAUUCAUCAAUUGUUCCUAAUCAAGAUCUUGGAACAAUUACACGACAACAAUGUUCAUGUCAAUGUAAACCAGAUGCUGCAGCAUUUUUACCUUCUACUCGAAGUUGUAUCAAUAAACUUGGUAAAUUUUCAUAA